CGCGGGCCGGGGCCGGCUCCGCUGCGCCCAGCGCCUUCAAACAAAAGAGUUUUCCCCCCUUCGGGGCUCCGCGCCCCUCGGCGCUCCGAGCCCGCCGGCGGCCGGGACCCGGAGGCGGAGGAGGCGGCGGCGGCGGCGGCGGCGGCGGCGGGGGGGACCCCGGCGGGCUGGAAGUGCCUGUGCGAGGAGCUCGGGUUACAGAGAGAAAGGGGCUUGGCCAGGCGGGGGGAGGUGGGCGGAGGGUCCUUUUCUCUCUCUGGUUCUCUCCCUCUGCCUUUUUUUUCCCCCCUUCUCCCUCCCGAGCUCUUUGUGUGUCCCCCCCCCCACACUCCCCUCCUCUCGCUCUCACCCCCCCCCCCCCCCCUUCCCAACCAACCACCACCACCCAACCCCCUCUCAAGUCUUUGUUAGCCAUGCCUAGCCUGGUAGUACCAGGGAUAAUGGAAAGGAACGGGGGUUUCGGCGAUUUAGGCUGUUUCGGUGGGAGCGGCAAAGACAGAGCGCUGCUGGAGGAUGACCGGGCGCUGCAGCUCGCCCUGGACCAGCUCUGCCUGCUGGGGCUAGGCGAGCCUUCCUCCUCCUCCUCCUCCUCCGCCGUGGUGCUGGUGGAGGACAGCAACAACAACAACAAUAACCCGCCGCCGCCGCCGCCGCAGCAGCCCCCGCCGCCGCCGCCGCCGCCGCCGCCGCCGCAGCAGCAGCAGCAGCCGCCGCCUCCACCGCCGCCACCGCCGCCGUCGGCCCCGAAGGGUUCGGCGGCUCCGAGCGCCGGGGCGGCGGAGCCCAAGUUGUGCGCUUUGUACAAGGAGGCCGAGCUGCGGCUCAAGAGCAGCUCCAACACCACCGAGUGCGUCCCGGUGCCCAGCUCCGAGCACGUGGCCGAGAUCGUGGGCCGGCAAGGCUGCAAGAUCAAAGCCCUGCGGGCAAAGACCAACACCUACAUCAAGACCCCCGUGCGGGGCGAGGAGCCGGUCUUCAUGGUGACGGGGCGGCGGGAGGACGUGGCCAUGGCCCGGCGGGAGAUCAUCUCGGCUGCCGAGCACUUCUCCAUGAUCCGAGCGUCCCGCAACAAGGCCGGCACCACGUUCGGCAGCGCUCCCACCUUGCCGGGCCAGGUCACCAUCCGCGUGCGCGUGCCCUACCGCGUGGUGGGCUUGGUGGUGGGGCCCAAAGGGGCCACCAUCAAGAGGAUCCAGCAGCAGACCAACACCUACAUCAUCACGCCCAGCCGGGACCGGGACCCCGUCUUCGAGAUCACCGGCGCGCCGGGCAACGUGGAACGCGCCCGCGAGGAGAUCGAGACCCACAUCGCGGUGAGGACGGGCAAGAUCCUGGAAUACAACAACGAGAAUGACUUCCUCUCCAGCAGCCCCGAUUCCGGCAUGGAGAACCGCUACUCGGAGGCCUGGCGGGUCCAUACGCCGGCGCCGGGCUGCAAGCCCCUGUCCACCUUCAGGCAGAACAGCUUGGGGUGCAUCGGCGACUGCUCCGUCGAUCCCGUCUAUGAGACGCCGCGGCUGAAUGACCAAAAUGACUUCAAUUACGGUUACCUCUUCCCCAACUACGGGGUGAACAAGCAAGAUCUGUAUUAUGGGGUGCCGGAAUCGGGUGCCCCGAUGUGGGCCGGGCAGGAGAACACCAACCCGGUGUCGGUGCUCUUCUCCAAGCAGCAGCGGUCCAGCAGUACCGGCGCCAUCCAUCCCAACUCCCAUCGCUCCCCGUCCUCCUCCAUCCAAGAGCCCAAUCUCUCCGGUCUGCCCAGGCGGUCGCAGGGGGAACCUCUCCAAGGGUUUUCCAAGCUGGGAACGACGACCGCUGCCCGGACGUCCGUCUCCAGCAGCCGCGAGUGCAUGGUGUGCUUCGAAAGCGAAGUCACGGCAGCUCUGGUGCCCUGCGGCCAUAACCUCUUCUGCAUGGAGUGUGCCGUGAGGAUCUGUGAGAGGACUGAUCCCGAGUGUCCCGUUUGCCACGCUGCAGCCACUCAGGCCAUUAGGAUAUUUUCCUAAAGAGACAGAGCAGGGCAUUGGGGUGGGGGGGGGGG